CCCCACCCCUUUCUCAUGCGCUCUCUCUCUCUCUCUCUCUCUCUCUAGGGUUUUAGCAGAACCAUUACCAUUUCUUUGCGAAAGAAAAAUGGCUUCCAAGACCCUAUUCCGAACCGGAGCUUCUGUUCUGAACCGGUUCUUUGUCAACUCGUUUCUUCACCCAAACCAGAAUCCCAAUAACCAAAUCGCACCUCACGUCCUCGAUAUCUGUCCGAAGCUCCUCCCAUCGCUCUCCAAGUCCCAGAUCUCCCUCCAAUUGCCGCAGAAAAACGACGCCGAAUCUCUGAGAAAAGCUACCUCUGAGGGGUUCCUUUACCCCUGUGGCCUCCCUUCUCUCAGGUUCUUCUUACCAGACGGAGAUGUUUCUUCUUCAAAUGAGCCAAUGCUUUUAUUUCCCAAAAGGACUUUCCAACCUAGCCUCAUCCGGCGUAAGAGGAAUCAUGGCUUCUUUGCUCGCAAGGCAACCAAGGGUGGGAGGCGAGUCAUUGCUCGAAGAAUAGCGAAAGGCCGGGCAAGAAUUACGGCCUAGCUAGCAUCUUUGCCUCUUGUUUUGAGUGAAAUCAGGUAGAGAGAAGGAAAGAAAAAAGAGAUGAGUUGGAGAAAAAACCGAAAACGUAUAUUAGACAGUGUAUAAAUAAGGGAAUUCAUCUCAUCUCAUCUCAUCUCAUUGUAUUGUAGUGCCUAUAUAUACAUGAAGGAAAAAAUAAAAAAGAGAAUAAAGUUUGUUACAAAUGAUAGUAGAGAAUAACAAUAUAUUUCCUCUAUGGUUCUACUCUA